ACCCCUUUAUCCACUCUUCAGGACUGACAGACAACUAGACUGGUCCCUCGACUCGGAGUCGGUCGAAGACUUCCUCGGCUCGCCCGUAUUUGAUCCCACAACUGGAUUUGGAGGCAAUGGCCCAUUUGUCAACAGCACUGGCUGGACCAACAUUACCCGACAGAUCCCUGACAAGCUGGGCGGAGGUGAGUUCAUUAUUUGCUGGUGUCCCAAAUUUUCUGACUUUACAUAUAGGCUGCGUUGUUGACGGCCCCUUUGUCGAAAAGAAUUGGAAGUGCAACAUGGGCCCCGAGAAGAACACUGCGUACAACCCGCGCUGCAUGCGCCGCGACAUUGCCCCGUCCUUUGCCAUCUCCAAGCUGAACCAGUCGAGGGUCGACUGGACCCUCGAGGCCGACAGCUACUACGAGUUUGACAUCCGUGUUGAGGGUGGCAUCACGGUCCCCACUCACGGCUACCACGGUGGUGGCCACUUGGGCGUUGGCGGUGACUUGGGCGAGGUUGGCGAUGUCUACACUUCCCCUGGCGACCCUCUCUUCUACAUGCACCACGCCAACAUGGACCGUCUUUGGAACAAGUGGCAGCACAAGGAUUGGCCAGCUCGCAUGAAGGACAUUAGCGGCCCCGACACCCAGUUUGCCUAUCCCUUUGAUUUCUUCGGCGACGUUGCUUACAAGAACAUCACGCUUGACUACGUCAUGAACUUUGACAACCUGGUCCCCAACCGCCAAUACUUCGCCGUCAAGGACGUCAUGGAUAUUCAGGGCGGUACUCUUUGCUACAAGUACCAAGAGUAACUGUUGGCGUAUCGCUCAUGAUGUAGAGAAAAAUGGACGUGACUGAGAUGGAACACAUAGAUUAAUACCCUCGUACUGAAGCAUUCAAGUCAGCGAGUAAUUUAAGAUACAGCAAAUUAAGCUAAUACCCA